GUGGGUCUCUCCCCACACCCCUCAUGCUAUUGAGACAAAAGAAGAUACUCACCCCCUUCCCUCUUCAUCACUCGGCCACACCCUCAAGAGAGGAAGAAAAUCCCAGAAAAAGUAGCAUCUUCCAUAGCCAAGAACAAGCUCAAGCUCAAGGAGGUCCAAGGGGAAGUUUUUAGGAGGAAAAACUAGGUGGAUUAAGGAACUUGAUUAAGGAAUUUUUGAGCUUCGCCGGAGUUGGUCAAAGUUCGCCGGAGUUGGUCAAAGUUUGCCGGAAUUAGUCAAAGUUCAAUCGGGAAGCGUAGAACGCGCUUAAGCUCACUUAAGUUUCAGGUAGAACUUGAAGGUUGCUACCAACGACGUUGCUCUCGAGGGGAUCCAAGGAAGGGGAGACGUGAAAUGGAGCCAGUCGGAAGGAUCACUAGGAGGAACCCGACGGGCCGUGUACCGGGUGGGUCCGAACGCGGUAGCCGGGGGUCCUCUAGGGGAUCAAGAGGAAGGGGCCGUGGAGGCCAACGUCAAACCGUGAGCGAUGGCCACGUCGACACGGAGAGUGAGACCUAUUGGUCUUAUGAGGACUCAACCUACCGGCCAGAAACUGAGCCGGUUGAGACCCCUUAUGAAGGGGAUGAUGAUGAUGUGAGCGACGAGGAGGAAAGUGGCUCUUUGGCUCGGAUCGAAGCGCUGCUCCAACAAUAUCAUCGGGAGCGCGAGGAAAGGAGGGAACGCCGAAGGCGCCGUGCAGGGCAACCUUCGGGUGGGGCUCCAAGAGGAAGGAGCUAUUGUGAUUCAAGAACCCAUGUGGAAGCGCAUGGGAGUCGAGGUGAUGGAGGUCCAACCAUAAGGAUCUCCAAAUACAUCAAAGAGGCGAGGGACUUGGGGUGCAAACCGUUCGAUGGGACGGGGGACAUCUCGGUGGCCGCGCAAUGGAUCAAGAGACUGAACGAGGCAGCCCUUGACAUGCAACUCACCCCCGAUUUCAAACUGAGAAUCGCGGUGAGGUUACUUGAAGGGUUGGCAUCCAAGUGGUGGGAUGGAACGAAGGGAAAGUAUGGAGGGAAUGUUACUUGGGAGGAUUUUCGGCAAGAAUUCUUUGCCCAAUACUACUCUGACUUUGAGGUAAAUGCCAAGGUGAGAGAAUACACUCUUCUAACCCAAGGGGGUAACAUGACGGUGAAAGAACUUGAGCACAAGUUCAGGGACCUUGCCGACCACAUACCGGAGUAUGCUUGUGAUGAAAACCGAAUGGUGAAUCACUUUUGGGAGGCCUUGGACUUGGAGAUACGUGAUAGGGCGACUCAAUUGCCCAACAUGACUUUCAGCCAAGUGGUUGCCCAAGGGUUGAAAGGAGAGAAGCAAUGGGAAGAGAGAAAGAAGAGAGACGUCGAUGAGGCGAAGAAGAGGAAGUGGGAAAACCAUGGCCCCCAAGGUUCUAACAAAAAGGGGAACCAUGGGGGAGGUGGAUCGUUCAGAGCACCGACACCGCCAUCCAAGGGGAACCCGGCCUUCAGCGGGCACAACUCGGGCUCACAAGCCUCAACGACGCCCAGGUGCAGGAAUUGCAACAGGAGCCACGCCGGUAAGUGUCGUGAUCCACCACGGUGCUUCCAAUGCGGGAGUACAGGGCAUAUUAAACCAAACUGCCCUCAACUUGGUGGGAACCGAGGGGCGGGAUCAAGCGGCGCCACCACGGCGAGUAGGAGCCGAACCGGGGCACCCCAUGCUAGUGCGGGGCAAGGGGGAGCGAGCACGAGCAACGCGCCGUCCGUAAAUCAAGGGAGGACUCAAGCUAGAGUCUAUGCGAUGACCGAGGCUGACGCUCGGGCUAAUCCUGACUCCGUUGCAGGAACAUUAAAGAUCAACAGUAGAAACGCAAGAAUUCUCAUUGAUACCGGGGCACAACGUUCAUUCGUGAGUGAAGCGUUUGCCGAAAGUUUAGACGUGCCGUUGAUAGUAAUGACACAACCCUUGUUGGUCUCUACACCGUUGGGAGACGAUGUGGAGAGGAAACACUACUACCCUUCGUGUGAGGUAGAAGUGACGGGUCAACCUUUGACUUGUGACUUCGUACCUCUAAGUAUGUUAGAAUUCGAUGCAAUUCUAGGGAUGGAUUGGCUCAAGAAACAUCAUGCUCGAGUGGAUUGUUAUGCCAAGGUUUUGGAACUCGAGGAUGCCGAGGGAAACACCCUACGUUUCGAGGGAGAUCGGGGAGGAUCUCAUAGUUGUAUGAUAUCCGUGAUGAGGGCACGGAAGAUGAUGAAGAAGGGAUGCCACGCAUACCUUGCUUAUGUGGUGGAUGAAGCAAAGAAGGAGGUUGACAUCAACGAUGUACGUGUCGUGUGCAAAUAUCCGGAUGUCUUUCCCAAAGACUUGCCGGGGCUUCCACCCGACAGAGAGAUCGAAUUCGUGAUUGAAGUGGAGCCGGGAACCAAACCCAUUUCGAUUCCUCCUUAUCGAAUGGCACCGGCUGAGCUUCAAGAGUUGAAGGUUCAACUUCAGGAGCUAUUGGACAACGGGUUCAUUAGACCCAGUCAUUCACCGUGGGGAGCACCCGUACUCUUCGUAAAGAAGAAAGAUGGUACACUGAGAAUGUGUAUAGACUACCGACAGUUGAACAAGGUCACGAUCAAGAACAGGUACCCUUUACCGAGGAUUGAUGACUUGUUUGAUCAACUCCGAGGGGCAACAGUAUUCUCGAAGAUUGAUUUAAGGUCGGGGUAUCAUCAGUUGAAGAUAAAGGAGAGUGACAUACCUAAGAGUGCAUUUCGCACUAGAUAUGGUCACUACGAGUUUUUGGUGAUGUCAUUUGGUCUAACCAACGCACCGGCGGCAUUCAUGGACAUGAUGAACCGUGUGUUUAGUGAAUACUUAGAUCAAUUUGUGAUAGUAUUCAUUGACGACAUUUUGAUAUACUCCAAAAGUGAAGAGGAGCAUGAAGAUCAUUUGAGUCUUGUACUUGAACGGCUAAGGGAAAAACAACUCUUUGCCAAGUUCUCUAAAUGCGAGUUCUGGCUCAAAGAGAUUGGGUUUCUCGGGCAUAUCGUGUCAAGUUCGGGAAUUUCGGUGGAUAAAGCCAAGAUAGAAGCCAUUAUGAAUUGGGAGAGACCCAAAAAUGUGAAAGAGAUACGUAGUUUCCUUGGCUUAGCGGGAUACUAUCGGAAGUUUGUUGAAAAAUUCUCCGUAUUGGCGUCUCCAUUGACAAAGCUCACGAAGAAAGGGGCUAAGUUCAUAUGGGACGACAAUUGUGAGAAAGGCUUUCUCGAACUAAAGAGACGGCUUACGGAAGCACCGGUUCUCGCUCUACCCACACAAGGGAUAGGGUAUGACAUAUACAGUGAUGCUAGCAUCCAAGGGCUUGGAUGCGUACUAAUGCAAAACGGUCGGGUGAUUGCCUAUGCGUCUAGGCAAUUGAAGAAACACGAGGCGAACUACCCUACCCACGAUCUAGAGUUGGGGGCGGUAGUGUUUGCACUGAAGAUUUGGAGGCAUUACCUCUAUGGGGAGACAUGUCACAUUUUUACCGAUCAUAAGAGCUUGAAGUACGUAUUCACUCAGAAAGAGUUGAAUAUGAGGCAAAGGAGAUGGAUGGAAUUGAUCAAGGACUAUGAUUUGAUCAUCGACUAUCAUCCCGGAAAGGCCAAUGUAGUGGCCGAUGCACUGAGCAGGAAAAGUAUGUCGGGGACAUUACUCACAUGUCUACGAACUUUGAGGGCACACGUGGAGGUGUCCACGAGUGGGGUCCUCAUUGCUAGAUUCGAGGUUAGGCCUACAUUGCUGAGUGAGAUCAGUAGAUGUCAGGACACUGAUGAAGAAUGCCAGAAGAUCCGCGAGAGGAUCCUUGAAGGGCCCGUGGAGAACUUUCGGGUACGUGAUGACGGCCUUUUACUGUUUAAAGACCGUGUAUGCAUACCAAAGAGUGAGAAGCUCCAAAAGUCCAUACUAGAGGAGGCUCAUUCUUCGGCAUAUGCUAUGCAUCCAGGAGGUACUAAAAUGUACCGAGACUUGAAGGAAAGUUACUGGUGGUCGGGUAUGAAGAGAGACAUCGCGGAGUACGUGAGUCGAUGCCUUACUUGCCAACAAGUUAAGGCAGAGCAUCAGCACCCGGCGGGGCUUUUGCAGCCACUGACCAUUCCAGAAUGGAAGUGGGAGCAUGUUACCAUGGACUUCGUGGUGGGGCUACCACGAACAGUGAACAACUAUGAUGCAGUAUGGGUAGUGGUUGAUAGGCUCACCAAGAGUGCACACUUUUUGCCUAUUAACAUCACUUACCCUCUUGAAAGAUUGGCAAAGCUAUACACGGAGGAGAUUGUGAGAUUACAUGGAGUCCCGAUAUCCAUUGUCUCGGAUAGGGAUCCACGAUUCACAUCCCGGUUCUGGCCCAAGUUUCAAGCAUCCUUGGGUACUAAAUUGAAGUUCAGCACGGCUUUUCAUCCACAGACGGAUGGACAAUCUGAGCGGGUGAUACAGAUAUUGGAGGACAUGCUUAGGGCGUGUGCUCUGGAGUUCCAAGGGAGCUGGGACAAACAUUUGGCUCUAGUAGAGUUUGCCUAUAACAACAGUUAUCAGGCGAGUAUUGGCAUGCCUCCAUAUGAGGCAUUGUAUGGGAGGAAAUGCAGAACACCGCUGUGUUGGGACGAGGUUGGCGAGGCCAAGCUCGAAGGGAUUGAACUUGUUGAAAUCACCAAGGCUAAGGUGAAAGUCAUUCAGGAUAGACUCAAGGCUGCCCAAGAUCGGCAGAAGAGUUAUGCCGACAAACGACGCAGGCCAUUGGAGUUUGAGGUCAGUGAUAAGGUCUUCUUAAGGAUUUCUCCUUGGAAGGGUAUCAUCCGAUUCAUAUCGAGGGGAAAGCUUAACCCCAGGUACAUUGGUCCAUUUGAAAUCCUUGAAAGGAUAGGGGUUGUGGCAUACCGUCUCAAGUUGACACCAGAACUUGAGAAGAUACACGACGUGUUUCAUGUAUCAAUGCUUAAGAAGUACGUGAGAGAUCCGUCUCAUAUUCUUGAAAAGCCACCGGUGGAGAUACGUGAAGAUCUACAAUAUGCGGUGGAACCGGUAAAGAUUGUGGGUCAACAGGUGAAGAAGCUCAGGAACAAGGAGAUUCCUAUGGUGAAGGUUCUUUGGAGGAGUGAUCGAGUCGAAGAAGAAACGUGGGAGACUGAGGUCUCAAUGAGGGAGCAAUACUCGUUUCUUUUCGGUUAGACACGUGGAUUUCGGGGACGAAAUCCCAAAUAAGGGGGGGUGAACUUGUAACACCGUCUCCAAAUGUAUUUACUUUUAAGAGUAUAAUGUAUUGAACCUUAGGGAAUGGUUAAUGAAUAUACGAAGUGGUGAAUUUUUAAUAUUUCUUUUGCGUGAAAUAAUAAAUUCGCACGUGGGACCCACACCGGGAGCGGGGCCGCCCGAAUUUCCCGAAACCAUAUAUUUUAUUUAUCUUGGUCAAGAUAAUAUUUAUAUAGUGGUGGCUACUUCAUUUGAACCAUGGAAAGGUCCAGAGUUGACUGAUUGGUCAAAAGAAACCCAAAUAUCGGUAUUGAUAAUUUAACCGAUAAAAGCCCGAAAUUGAAUUUCGGGGACUUAUAAAUUAAAGUUUGGGAAUGUAUAUUCAUUAUAAAGGGUAUAAUGAUUAAGAACACAUAAUAUAUUUUAUUUGACCCGAUAAAAUAAAAUAUAUUUAAAACAGUCCGAAAAAUACAACUUUCGGAGCCGAUUGUACACUUCUGGACCAAAGGGGUUGACCUCCCACUUGGGUGGGGGCCAACCCACGAAUUUGGUCACACAAAGUUGAUGUUUGGCCGGCUGAAUGAUGAAGGAAACAUGGGUGAGGUGUGUGAUGUGAAUGGAAAGGAAUCAAACAAAAUAAAAGGUGGGUCUCUCCCCACACCCCUCAUGCUAUUGAGACAAAAGAAGAUACUCACCCCCUUCCCUCUUCAUCACUCGGCCACACCCUCAAGAGAGGAAGAAAAUCCCAGAAAAAGUAGCAUCUUCCAUAGCCAUGAACAAGCUCAAGCUCAAGGAGGUCCAAGGGGGAGGUUUUUAGGAGGAAAAACUAGGUGGAUUAAGGAACUUGAUUAAGGAAUUUUUGAGCUUCGCCGGAGUUGGUCAAAGUUCGCCGGAGUUGGUCAAAGUUUGCCGGAAUUAGUCAAAGUUCAAUCGGGAAGCGUAGAACGCGCUUAAGCUCACUUAAGUUUCAGGUAGAACUUGAAGGUUGCUACCAACGACGUUGCUCUCGAGGGGAUCCAAGGAAGGGGAGACGUGGUUCGUGCUUCCUCCGUUUCCAUUUUUACAAACUAUUUAAUUAAUGCUCAUGGAUAAUACUUUUAAAUAUUUAUUUGGGGGCUUGUAUGCCCAUGUUUGCCAAGGUGUGGCAUGAAUACUCGUAUUGAAUGUUUCCG